CCACCCGGGCGUGGGUUGGAAUUCUAGUCCAGCACGGUCUUUGCUAAUAGACUCCUGGGUCUACUAACACUUCAUUAGGUAUUGAACGACAGGAAAGGGCGGUGCAACCAGACCAGAGAAGUGGAUGAACGUGAAGGCCUCGGUAGCCAGCCGCGUCUCUCACUUCUAGAAUCUAAAACUUCUUCAUGUUGUAGUACCUAGAGGAGUGGAGGAAUUGACCACAGUGAGCCCCUAAAUUGGGCUUUCUGUCCUUAAUCUGCAUCACCUGCCGAGGCUUCAGCCUAACACUUUCUUUACAUACUUCGCAAUUGGAAAACAACGUGGUACAGUGAUUAUGGAGUUCUAAAAGCACCUUUGCUUCAAAUUCAGCUAUCCCACUCAGCUGCACAAUAUAUUAAUCAGCACUGCAUCUUCUGGAACAAAACUGAAUAGAGACCAGUAUGCUUCACUUCAUCCAGAAAUUUUCUGGAGCCUCUUCAAAGAUGCUGAAGUACCCUUUUACAGUGAGACUCAGAGCCAGCAGAAUAGAUGUACUUUCUCCCAAGACAUCGUUUCAGCAGAACCUUUCCCCUUUGUCGCCAAGGACUUGGCUUUCGACAUCAUUUCAAGUGUGUAUGAACAACAUACAGUGCUAUCAUGUAUCACCAUGCAACUUUAAAAGACAGCAGAAGGAAGCAGUUGUUCCCUCCAGGACACCAAGCAUCACGUACCUACCUGAUAGCCCAAAGCCAGCAUUAUACAUAAGUCUGGUGGGGUUAGUCCCCUUUAUUGCUCCACCACUCACCAUGGUCAUAACAAAGUCUUAUAUCCCCAUAUUAGCGUUUACUCAGGUGGCUUAUGGAGCCGGGUUCCUAGCUUUCUUGGGAGGGGUUAGAUGGGGCUUUGCCCUGCCAGAAAGCAGUCCAGCCAAACCAGACUACAUUAACUUAGCUAGUAGUGUGAGUCCUCUUCUGUUUUCAUGGGUAGCCGUCCUCUUUUCUGAAAGACUCAGUGAAGCCAUUGUCAUAGUAAUAAUAGGUUUAGGUAUAGCAUUACACAAUGAACUUUUCCUCUUGCCACAUUAUCCCAACUGGUUCAAAGCCUUGAGAAUAGUAAGUACUUUAGUGGCUUUUUUCUCAUUUGUAGUCACUUUAAUACUUAAAAGUAUUUACCCAGAAAAAGGGCCCAAGAGACUUGCUGAUGUAGAAAAAUAAAACUACUUUGCUGUGGAAUAAUCCUUCUGUUCUGUACACUGUGAA